AUGCCGCUUUGGACGCGAGUAAACAACGACUCAAAAGUCGCCAAUCUGGACUUUGAGGCCCGCGUCCCCGUCCCCUUCAGCAUCUUCCCAUCGUCAUAUCGGGACAGCGAAGCGCAGACCACCACCCAGCAGACUCACCAGGAGGUCGACAUCCAGCUUCCCCCCAAGCAGCCAGCCGGACGGGAAGGUCAAUACUCUUCUUACACCGCCAACGUCGAUCUCCCACACCGUGGUGAGAACCGCUACAGCGAAGAAGAGGUCCGCAUCACACGUGAAGAAGAGCGUUACCGCCGUCCCGGUUUCCAGCACGAGCAGUACGUCAAGGAGGACCGCCGACCUACACGCACUGAGUAUAACGACACUCACAUUGAGAUCGAUACUCAUCGCCACCCCUACGCCAACCCCAUCGACGUCGCUGAGCGUGAAUACCGAGAGCGUUUCCGCCCCCAGUAUUCCACCACCGUAGACGCCCCUGCCCGCCCUCAGUACACCACCGAGAGCGUCAAGGUCAACGAGUACACCGUUGACGGAGCAUCUGCCCGCCCUACCUACACGGAGAACGUCAAGAUCACCGAGGAGACCGUUGAGCCUUCCCGCUUCAGCCUCGCCAACCAAAAGUCCAACAUGGGUUACUACGACGAGGACGGCCACUACCACUCCUUCCGCCACGGGAUUCACAAGCUGGCCGACAAGAUUGUGCACCCCAGCGGCCACCACCACCACCACCAUGACCACAUCGAUGUGGACAUUCGCGAGACGGUGACGGGCCCCCGUCCCCGUCCCGGCGACUCGGGCGACUCGUACCUGCCCAACACGGUCACGAUCCCGUGCCACCACAUCCGGCUGGGCGACUUCCUGAUGCUCCAGGGCCGGCCGUGCCAGGUGAUCCGCAUCUCGACGUCGCCGGCGACGGGCCAGUACCGCUACCUGGGCGUGGACCUGUUCACCAAGCAGCUGCACGAGGAGUCGUCCUUCAUCUCCAACCCGGCGCCCAGCGUCGUGGUGCAGACGAUGCUCGGCCCCGUCUUCAAGCAGUACCGCGUCCUGGACAUGCACGACGGCCGCGUCGUCGCCAUGACGGAGACGGGCGACGUCAAGCAGGGCCUGGCCGUCAUCGACCAGUCCAAUCUGUGGUCGCGCCUGCACAACGCGUUCGAGUCUGGCCGCGGCAGCGUCCGCGUCCUGGUCCUCAACGACUCGGGCCGCGAGCUCGCCGUCGACAUGAAGGUCAUCCACGGCUCGCGCCUGUAA